GGUGAAGGUGAUGCUGCGAUUGCUGUUUGGGCCCAUCAAGAGCGAGGUGGCAUUAUUCUUGCAGACUCAAUCAGCUCCUACAUUUUGGGAGGUACACAGUGAUUUCAUAAUAAGCAAUAUUCCAGGGCAGUUACUAAGGUUACAAGUUGUCCGCUGGAUAUCUGCAAUGAGUCUAGAUGGGGAAUCAAAUAGUCAGCUGGGAUGUUUUUUAGUUCUUUUUUCUAUAAAAGUAGCUGAGGUAAAUUCCAGCCCCCAGCCCCCACCCCCCUAGUGACAGCCCUGCCAUUCUGAGGUGUGGUAUUUUUGUAGGGGAGGGUGCAGAUAAAAGCCCUUUUUGACAGUUAUCAGAAAUGAUUGAUAAGAUAAAGAGAUUGCUCUGAAGAAUGUUUGCUUAUAUCUGUGACUAAACAGGUCUGCAUUGUAUAAUCAGCAAAAUUGUUUUUUGGUCAAAAUUGCAGGUUCUGGAAUAGUCAAAGCGAUUGCCUCAGGCAGUGGUCAUUUUCUUAUUGUCUUGGAUGAAAAGGUUGGCAUGGAAUUAAUUUUCUAACAGAGAUUCAUUUUCUGAUACGAAUAGAAACCAUGGGGGCAUGCCUACUAGGAACUCGCGCGUUUACCUUGGUGCUUGCAAGUCACACCUGUGGCACAUGUUUUUUCCGUCUCAGCCUAGUCCAAAGCUUUUGCCACCUACUUUUAAUAAAGACCUUAUUGAAAACCCUGUGUUAGCCAAAUUUUCUCAGUGCGCUCAGCUGAUGAAAUGUUAAAGAAAUAACAUUUCGCUUUCAGAAAAUGGUCAGUUUGUGGGAUGUGGCAUCUUUGACAAUGAUCUCAUUCUGGCCUCAUCUGGUGGUAGAUGACUUCCUACUGUUGACCUCUAGUAAUAUCCAGACUCCUGGUACAUCCAAGUAUGUAGAAGCUUUUGUUUCUCUGUUAUCCUUUUUUCUCUAAGUCAAAUGAGUAGACUAAAAAGAAGUACUUUCGCAAAUCUAUGAACUAAUUGGCAGUAUUGCUUUAUUAUUGCGGUGUGGAAUGAUAUAUUUUGCCUUAGUUAAUUUCCUGAGUAGUGUAGUCCAACUGGUCAGGUCAAGGGAGUUUACUGUUCAUUUUGACAUUUAGAACUGAUGAUGAAUACAAGCUGGUCAUUCUUACAUCAGAAAACAACCAGGUAAAUUCUGCAGCAUUAGCAUUUCUGUAAGUAACUUAUCAAGUCCUCAAACUUUCCAGCACAAGCACUGGCAAUAAGUUAAAGUCUGGUCUGCAAGCAAAUACCUCUGUCUAGUGAUCAGAGUUGAAAUUGGACUUGGAAGAUGAGGCAUCAAUCAUUAUCCUUACAUCUCUGUUACCAACAAUAACAACAACAGUUUAUUCAAUUUGCAAAUAAUUUAGGACUAUGUUACCCGCAAUAUUAGUGGAGCUGUUCUAUGUGGGCAACAAUACAAUAAUUGUCUCCUGUAAAUAACCACAAAGUUCAAGGUUCAAAAGUCAAGAAAAAAGAAAGUAAAUACAGUGUAAAAAGAAAGCAAAAUGAAAUAAAUAAAUAAAAGUUCAAAGGUUCAAAAGUCAAGCUUUCACAAAAAUUUUGGAAAAAGUCUAAAUACAAAAAAAGUGUAAAAACGUGGUCCUGGAAAGAAUAAAAUGGAAAUAAAUAAAUCUAAUCCAAUGGGUAGUAAACUUUAUCGUAAUUUACCCUCUUCCUGUUUUGGGUAUCAUUCGUUUGGAGCACUGAUAGUUCUCCUAACACUCUUCAUCCUCAAGACCUUGAGAAGGGUGCUUCCUGUUUUUACCACAGCUUUUCAGUGUAACGCAAAAUUACUAAAUAGUUUCAGUAAAAAAUUGUAAAUUAUCAGAUGUGAUGAGACAAGAAAACUACACAGUCACAGGAAUGGGUAAAAUGCAUGUAGCUUUUAAAAUAGCAAAUGGAGGGUUUCAUUAAUAUUUACUUUUUCUCCCAUUUUAUGAAGACUUGAUGCCAAUAUUUUGCACUUUUGUAUUUUUCAGAUGCGUCAUCUUCAGGUGUAUGCUUUCCCAACCAUGAAGCAGAUGUAUUCUCUUGAGAUUCCUGUAUGCUCCUUCCUGGCCAAGUGCCCUUCAACACAGGUCUUUUCAGAUGCCUUUAUUUUUCUAAGUUUGAGUAUUUUAAAUCUUUUCAACCAACUUUUAUUUACCUCAGUUUAUUUUUCAAAUAGUUUAAAACACAAUAACAUUCACCCUAAGGUCUGGAGACAACCUUAUUGCUAUUUUCCAUGAUUUGAGUACCACUAAUGGGAAUCAAAUAGUAAAAAAAACGGUGGUGGCAAUCUUUCUCCUGACUGCGUACUGCUUCUCCCAUAGAUUUUUAUCAUUUUUCCCUUUACUAAUUGCUAAGGACACUAUCAGAUUUGGAAAGCACAGUGGUUUAGCAAACUAGGUACGGUAAGAAGAAUACCAUCAACUGACGUGAUACAACCCACUUUGACUCUGAAGGUGACUACCGCACAGGUUGUCGAAACGUCAGUCACUGUCAACAACAAUAGACUCAGUCCUAUUCAGAACUACGUUCACCCGGAAGGAUCAUACUCAACCUUCUUAUAGAAAGACAAUACUACCAAUGUACACUGAUUCAGCAAGCAAACAAGCAAAGUCAUCAAAUUUUUAAUUACUAAUAUUCUUGUCAAUUUUAAUAAUAGCAAUGCAUCUUAGAGACUAAGCAUCUAAAUAUUUUUUGUUUAUAGGAGUCAAUCUACUUUAUUGAGGGUGCUUGUGACAGUCUAGAUAAUGUGUAAGUGCACAUGUUACAGUAAAAGUCAUUCUUAGUAAAACUGAAUUCACUUGAACAAAGUUUAGGCUGCUGAAUUAAGGCUUGUAUUCCCCAAUCCAGUCCUUGUUAUAUUAAUUCGCAAGGUCAAUAAUUUUUCUAAGAAAGAAAAUUUAUUUGCAGCUCUAGAGUAUGCUAAAUCAAUCUGUUUAAAUAAUAUCUUUGCCACAUCAAACUCCUACUGCAAUAAUAUUAAACUGCAUGUUGUUAAACUAAUGUUUAAGUAUUCUCUAACAUAGUCAAAGAUCCGAGAACUAUAAAACUCAACCUACUUUUAAAAUGUCUCCUGAGUUCAAACCUUUCACAACAUUUAAAUCAUUGUCAAAAAAAUUAGUAUUGUUACGAUUCAAGUAACCAGUGUCAUGUUUCUUUAAAGUGUGUCAAAAAAGUGAUUGUGGUCUGGUAAUGUUUCACUUUUCUUCUCAAGCAGCACACAACAGAUUUCCUGCUUGAGAAUCAGGUCUCUUACAGAAGCACUCCCUGAAAACAGGUAAUGUGGUGGUGGUAUUAUUUUCCAUAUUAAAUUUUGGAUGCUUGUCAUAAUCAUGGCAACUUUGCCUCUUUUUUAGGUUGUCAAGGUUACUUCAUAAACACAAAUUUGAUGAAGCAGAAAGGUUUGCAAGACAGUUCAACCUGAAUGUUGAGGUAAAAGACAUACUGUGCCAUAAAUAUGAUAAAAUAUCUUUAGUCACCUUUCAGUUUUUAUCUUUGAGUCUUGCAAAUCGGACGGUGCAGCAUGCAAAGAAAGUAGUGCCUGAUAACCCAGGUGGGGCUAGUGGAUUUUGCUAUUGGGCAAGAGAAUUCUGUUCUUAACUUGCCUGACAGGCAGGUAAAGUUUUUUUGGGGGAGAAUUCUAAUUACAGAAAAACUGUAAUUAAUCCUGUUCAUCAAAAUAGUAUUUUUUUUUGGACUACAGUUAAAUUGACUUUUGGUCAAGCACAUGUUAGCUACAGCUUAAAACUGACUUUCUUUGCACCCCACAGUGUCGUAAUUUUCUAAAUUAACCACUUUCUCAGUGUGGUUUUGAAUACAGCAGCUUUGACUGCUAUGCUAAAUUUGUUAACUACAGACAAGCUGUUUACUACAUAACUCCUGUAUGAUAGAUCUUUGGAAAUCAGACCACAAUUCUCCCAAACCAUUUUAGUAGUUCAAUUGCUUUCUUAAGCCUCAGUUUGACACACAUUUCCUUAUCAUUAUUCAGUGGAGAACAAACACAGACACUUGAUCUUGUCUCUGUAGCUUGUCUACAAAGUUAAAGCAAACUGGCUUCUUGAUAAAGUGUCACCUUGGAGCUAUGAGAACAGUCCAGGGCAAAGAGAGGCUGAUGUCUUGGAGGGAUUCUCACUCACCAAAUUAAAGGACUGCUUCACUCAAAUAAAGGUAUUUGUUAACAGAAUUAUUUUAUUUUCUAUUGAUUACGACUUCACUAGGGCUCGUUAAAUUCCCAAAUUUGUUAUUUAGAACUACAUGUAAGAAGUUAGACAAUUAAUGAGAAACUUUCUGAGCAGCCCCUUAAGUAUCAACAUUUAAGUCUUUUCUUGAUAUUGAAAUAUGCAAGCAUCAUUACCUUUAAAGUAAAAACUUGAAAAUUUGGAGUUUAGUGUCUUAGCUUUUACUAGUUAAAGGCAUAAGGCCAUUUCAAUAUCCUGCUUUAGCUUCGAUCAUGAUUUUCAGAGAAAUCAGCUGAAGCACUACCCCUUGAUAAAUAAGUGGCUAUAAGACUUGCGCACACUGCAGCUCAGACCCGGAAAUAUCUUUACUUUGCUAACAAUUUGUGGAAUGUUUCAGGAUGAUGAUUAUGUGUGCAGAUGCUGUCUUCAAGCUGCUCUUCCUUCCCUUGAUGAAACAUUUGAUUUACUGAGCUAUGCAAGGAAAAGGGUAAAUUAAUGUAAUAUGCUAAGUGAUGUAAACCUGGGAAAUUGAUUUGACCUCAACAUAAUUGAAUUAUGGUAGUGAGCCUGUUGAAACUGGCUUUAACGUUAUUUGUCAAAAACCCAGUUUUCUCUUUAAUUUCUCUUUUUUCUCUUGAACAAGCCUUCUUCCUCCACUUUAUCUUAUAUGUAAACAUUUUAAGAUCCUUUUUUACCAAGUACUGUCAACACUUUUAGAGAUACUUAAACUUUUUUGUCUUUAUGUGUAAUUUAGUUUUUGGUUUAUCUUUUACCAUUCUGGUCUUUGUUAGAUUUCCCUGGGUGAUCAUGUUCAGAUUCAUAAGGAUGGUCCAUGUGGAGCAUCAUCCCAUCUAUUGACUGAGGUGAGCUUCAGUCUCUCAAAUCUUCUCCUGCUGUUGUUAUUCUUACAGUGAAUUGAGCAUCUGUAGUGGUGCACCUAACGGUAAUCAUUGGGCUGCCAUCACAUUGUUUGGUACAGUGAAGGUAAAAUCUGCACUUACAAUAUAAUUUUUAUUUUUUACAGGUGCUAGAAGCACUGGAUAGACUAGCAACUUUUGAGAUGGCCUUUGGAAUCGAAAAGUUUAGGUUUGUGCCAAUAUUGGAAUAAAAUUUCUCUUGAAAAUAAGGUAAUGCAGUACCCAUCCAAUUGAAACUUUUCAACUAGGGUUCUCAGGUAACUUGGUGUGUUGUGGGUUAUUAGGAAGAAACCUAGAAUCUUAAUUAUCAACCCAACGAUGUAUUUCUACUUCCUUCAACUAGCUGUAAGUACAUCAUCACAAAAUGCCAAGCCAGAGGUUCAAGUUCUUCGUUGUCCCACACUUCCUUUAGCACGCUAUUGCUCUGAAAACUUCUGAGCUUUCUGGGCGUCAUUGUAGCUCAAAGCACAUUCCUCUCUUUUUCCACAUAAAAUUAAGGGCAAAGGCAAUAUCAAGGUAGAAGUGAUGAAAAAAGGAGCUUAGAGAAUGUAACUGGUAGCUGAAAGGGUGGGGAGAUGCGCUGUUCUCGUUGUUGUGACACAAUCUAUCCGUAAAAUUUGCUAAGGCUACUUCAUUUUGUUUAUUUAUAGUGGCACACAGUGGCAUUACUUUGUCACUGCUGAUCUUCUUGUUGAACUCACAAAGUGUUUACUGUCUAGUAAAGUGACAAGUGCUGUGAUUAUUUGGAGACGACAUCAGGUAAUUUCCAGGUUCUUGUUGAGUUGUUGCAUUUUGUAUUCAACUGUUUCAUUUUCCCCAUCUUUACUGAUACCAUGAGUUAAGGUUUAAACAGUCUGAAUAACCGUUUUCAUCCACCCUAACUGUGAACACAACCUGAAACAAUCAACGUCAACGAAUCAACGUUUAAUUGAAAUAUCAGCCUUUGAUAUAGAAAUCAUUUUUCAUUCUCAUGCAAAUAAAACUUAUUUUCACAAGAAAGGUUGUGCACCUAGCCUCAUUUUGAAAGUGACAGAUUUUGGGACUCAUAAUUGAAAUGCCAUUGUCUAUCCCUCAAAGCUUGUCACUCGUAAUUUUCUUAUAGUUACCUUGUUCAAAGGAAUAGUUCCUUGUUCAAGGAACCGUUCCUUGUAAAAGUAUUUUCGUUGAUACAUCAUUAAGACUUUUUAUUACAAUCUCAUUAUUUACAACAUCAUUGUGUUAAUGUUGCAGAGUCAGUUUAUACCGCAGUUCAGUGAAGAAAAUCUGGAAUCUCUGCUUGGUUCAAUCAGUGAGAGUUUACCUUCAUCAAUGAUCAUUCCUUGGUUACAAGAUGAUCUUGUUCCUUUUGUCAGCAAGGUUUUGCCACAGGGUUUGGUAUGUACAAGCUAUAUUUUCUAGUUACUACUUCCAUAUAAUCUGACUAUAGUCAUGGAAAGAUUGAACUAAUCAGCAUGUUUAGACAAGUGGCUUUACUAACACCUCAUAUGUACAACACAAGAGACUAUUCCACACCAUGCUUUAAGUAUGAACUCACCUGAAUGAACCUAGCGCAAAUUGUUUAUACCGCUCUCGGGAACGGAGUUGAUGCUAUACCUUACUUUUGACUAUGCACUUUAUAAAAAAGUUUAAAUUACAAUACGUAAAACUUGCAGAGAUUUUAAGGAAUGCCUUAAUUGUGUAUCAUGCAACAAGUACUGGUUUAGACAUGGAGCUAAAUAAAGUGUCUGAAUCAAAUUGGUGUGAGUGUCACUAAGUUAAAAUGUAAGAGGAUUUGAAGUCUCUCAAAGUUAUUUUUCCGUAAUAAAGUUUUCUUGUUACGAGAGACAGUAUCCGUACGUAACAUCUAUUGUUCUAUGUGUAGAGGAUGUUGGCAGGUUGGCUUGAACAAAGAGCAAGAAAUAUGGAACUUUCUGAGAAGGUCAGUCAAAACGAAAUGCAUGUUUUGGUUUUGAUGCUACACUUGAAUCUCUUAUGCCGUUAAAACUUCUAUUCGUUAAAGUCUAUUGCUUUUCCCAUAAUUUAUUUAAGUUGUGUGAAUGGUGUUUUAAUGGAUGGUAUUUUGUAUCAGUAUAAGUUGGAAUAUUUUCAAGAAAUAGGUGCUUAAGUUUACCCCACUGUUUUAUAGUUGUUUUACUUCCACCACUCACAAUGACGACAAUAAUAGAUUACAUUUAAAACAAUAAAACUAAAUGUUGACAUUGAAACCUUUAAGACUGAGGUUAAUCUUGCAGGAGGGUUGGCCACAAAAUGCUUUACAACUUGCAAGCGUUCUUUUGUCAGCAUCAAAAAGUGUUUCAGGCAGUGCUUCAGGAAGAGGGCUGGCCACACCUGGACAGUUUGUUGACCAGGUGCGUGGUAAAGUUUUACCUGCAGUACCAUUAUUGUUCACAUUUGUGGUCUGCUAAUGGGGAGCAACAAUGACAGCGACGGCAAGGAAAACGUCAAGAAAUUAGCAAAACAGCAACGUUUCACGUGCGUCGCGCUUUUUUUUACAUUUCUUUUCCGUCACUGCAUGACUUCGACGUGAAAUUGCGUAAUUUCACGUUUUGUUGAGGACGGGAACACAAGGCAACAACUUUUUUUUCCUUUUUCAAAACUUUCUUACAGUCUUAGAAUUCUUAUUCAACUCUAGAAAAAUGUGCCAACAUUUGGCGAAUUGAGCGAGAUGGAAGAAGCGUGAUAAAGUUUGAAGCAGGGAGAAUUCACUUUUAUAGUGUCGUUGUCAUUGCCGUCGCCGUCAUUCUUGCUUAAGCUCCCUAUUGCUCACGCUUGUAACCUGCUUAGGUGUUUUGGAGUGGGGUAGGAUAGGUAGGAUGGGCAGGAUACCUCAGGUAUCUCAUGCUUGGUGGGUGAGAAGGAUUUUCCGCCUUCAAGGAGUGUAGAGUCAUAAAAGAUAUUAUGAGUCUCCUUUCAAUGAUAGCAAGACUCCGUAUGACCACAAAUGAAAGGAAUUGGCGGGGUUGUAGCACGCGCCAUGAUUUCCGCGUAGAAGUUAACGGCUUAAGCAAGAGGCACCUUCUUCAUUCAUUCUGAUGAGUUCUGAUCAAUGGUCAACAAACAUCCUAUCAGGGAAUUUUGUGGUCGUUUUAUCAAAGGAGAAUAGUGAUAUUUUUUAACAAUUAAUUCAGAUAGUAAGGCGACCUUGUUAACUGUGAAAGUGUGGAUGGGGCCUUGAUAUCCCUUGAUUUUUCUUUCUUCACGUAAUGGAUUCUCUUAUAGUUUACGCCAUUAACGUGAUAGUAAGUAAAAUAAAUCCCAAAUUGCUGUUCUCUUACCUAAAAUAUUAAGACAACCAACACGUUAAGCUCAUUUUUUUCAGCAAGGGAUUUGCAUUUUUGUUUAGGUCUGCGGCCUUCCUGCAACAGCUCGAGCUCUUUUAAAUGAUGGAUCAAACAACGUGGUAUGGUUUGUUUUUUAUGUAAGGCUGACAAAGUAUAGAAUUGGAAUAGAAGGAGGUAUUGCACCAGCCUGAUAUUUAGUUCCUGUGAUACUAUCAUCUUUUUUUUCACUUGUGUUAAUGCCAUAGUUGUAUUGAUUCGGGAUUCCAUUGAUUAGAACGGUAGUGGUGCGUUGCAUAUAGGGAGGUACAUAAUUAACGCUUUUACUGAAAGGUCCAAACGCGUGUGACCAGAUUGCAUUCUAUGUAUUCCAUUCAGUCUUCGUAGAAGACCAAAUGAAUGCUGGCUAUAUCUCUGCCCCACAUGUGUGACAGCAACCUGGAGAUUAGGGCCAGUGGAGCCCGCAAUGGAAAAGCAGACAUGAAAUUGGCUCUACUGUAUCUGUUCAUUGCAAUGACAAUGGUGUCACAGUUAUGCUGCCAUUUAGUUGUGAAAGCCUUUUUUGGAUGAUCCAGAAGUAAAACUACCUUGUUGUAAUAGACAUUAGAAUGGUUGAUUACAAAUCCUUCGUCUAUCACUGCUUUUCUUGUUAGAAUACUGACGAUGAAUUAGCCAGCUUGAUGAACAUGGUGCAGCAGCUGACAGACUUGGUAGAUCUUCAUAACAAGUACAACUGUAAAAUAACUCUGGCAGAAUUUUCCCAGGUACUGUAUACUUCAGGUUUGGCUCUACGAAGUGAAAUCAUCCAGGUGUAGUUAUUGAAAGUAACAUCCACCACAUUCUAACGUUAAACUGAAGACUAGUAGUGCUGUGCCUCACAUCUGUUAUUGCAGCUGUCGAUGUGAAAAAUUUUUUGAUUACGUGACCGUACGAACGACCAUCCAAUCGUCCACUCACACCAAUGUGAAAUGCAAACACAUGACAAUGCAAUGCUAUCGCUCCCUUUUUAGAAUGAUGUACUGUACACCACCAUUGUGAAUCCAUAUCAAAAUCAAUUUGACCGCUGUCAAAAUAGGACAUUUGCUAACCGUACCACUGGACCAAUCGGGGGCUCAAAUGCACUACCUUUCAGGUCACUUGUUAUGUUGAGUGCUAUUGUGAAAGGUGACUGAACCAAGUUACCAGUGGUAAGUAUUAAACGGGAGCUCCGCUUUUAAGCUUGGCUAAAUAUGUAUUUUUCUCUGUACUCUUGCCCUUAGGAAACUACAGCAACCAUUGUAUUUCGAUUGCUUGACCGAGUGGUGGCUGCUGAACUCAUACCCAGUACUAUUGCCAAGUACAUCGCUCCAUACAUGAUGCAUCAUGGACUCGACAGGGACACCAUGCUACUGCAGUACAUUGAGGUAACUCUAACUUUUGUUUUCGCACUCGCCAAAAGGGGAACGUUACACAUCAAAUGAAAAUAAUGUCUACUUUUUGGUUAGGACCUGUUUAACAGGAGUGCAGGAGCGUAUUCAGCUCUGUCAAACUCACUGUGGGAGGCCAGAGUUAUUGCUGUGAUUUCGUGCAUCAAAGAUAAAGAGGUAAGACAUGUCUCGCAGCCCUUUGAUCAAUAUCAGAUAUCUAUAAGGGCAGACGAUAAGAGUUCAUUAGAUGAUGCACGUUUAAUUAGAGAAAAGUAGUCAAAAUAAGGCGAGUUACGUUACGAUGAUAAAUUGUUAUCAACGUGUUUUUUUUUUCUAGAAUGUUUUCAGACGGACACUUUUCUUUUUUCUCUCUGUUUUGUUUUUCUUUUCCAUCGCUUUUUUAAGCUAGUUUUUCCCUGAGAUUUAAAAACACUGUUAUUUUUUUUGUUUGGUUUUGUCCUCAAGGAAUAUCCCCCUUACUUAUUGAACUUGCCAAAGAGCGGUAUUACUAUGACUAAUUUAAUAAGAGUUGUUGUUGUUCCUAAGUGAUGUACUUUUUCAAAAUUGUCACAGCACUAGCCAAGCGCAAAAUGGAAGCGGGGAAUGCACUAAGUUCGUUUACAGCUAGUCGUUAUUGCUCUCGAAAUGGCUGACUUUCAUUUCCUGCAUACAGCAAAAGGAAGGGCCAAGUCUAUAAAAAUGACACUUGUCUCGGUAGGUUCGUUGUAAAGCCACUCUGGAGGUUAUGCGACAUGCCAUGAUCCCUUGGAGCGACAGUGUGGACAGACUAGUUACCGAAUUCAUGCUAGCUUAUCCUGAGUGAGUAUCGUCUAAAUGACGCUAAGGCUACACUCCUGCAGGCCCUAGUUGUGCAAUCGUUGGAUAGCGUUAUCCACCGGAUAAAUCCUCAUCCAGCGGUUAAGUAUUAGGGGUGUUUCUUAGCGGAAACCAUCGUUGGUUUGCUUUUGUGUUUCAUUGUGGGGAUUGUUCAGGGUCUUUUCAAUCUUUUGUAUUACGUCAUAUCACGUCAUAUUACGUCAUACGUCAUUGUAUUACGUCAUAACACCCGUCCUCAACACCAAGAAACUACAAUUAGGCAAACCAGUUGUGCUAUCCACCUCUCCCCUCCUCAGAGGCUUCUUUGUCUUGUGGGGAGGCUGGGGAGAAAGAAAAAGAGAGCGCCCGAGGUGUGAUGGGAAGGGGGAAGAGAGAACAGAGGCUUUUCGCCUUUUCCCUCUUCCCUUCAUUCCCGCGCGCUUUCCAUUUUUUUUCGAUUAUUGCUAUUUUUAUAGAGAUACCCAGCGGGAGCCUCUGUGGAGGAGAGAGGCUAUCCACUCUAUAGAAAUUUAUCCAGUGGAUAGUGUUAUCCACGUUUUGAACAACAGGAGACUGAACUUUACAGGACAUACAGGACCAGAUAGACUAGCGUGGCCAAGUUCUGCCAGAGGUUUCAUUUUAAGAUUUCACUGAUAUGAUACAAAGCUGGAACCGUUUUGCCUGACUUCGUGAAUGGUUGUGUGAUUGAAAGCUCUGAAUAAAAAGCGAGCGCAGUAAACCCUCUGAUGACAAUCUAGCUGGAUAGGUACCUGCAAGGACUAACGUUUUGUAUCAACCUAAUUCAUGACUAAAAAUGUACCCCACCAAUCAAGUUUUAUGUACCGUUUGCGCAUGGCAAUGCCACUGAGUUAUUCAAUUCCUGCUUAGUAGUCGUCAUUCACGAACUUGCUAUCCUACCCAAGCUAGUAAAAUCUUUUUACUGUGACUAGGCUGCUUGAAGUCAUUUGGACUUUGAUGACUGCAGACAAACUGGAAGUUAAAACGUGAUAAGAAGCAUUUAACUAACAAUCAUCUGUUGCACUGUUGCGAUUUUUCACUUUUUUUGCCUGUACAGUGACAUCAACCUCAAAGAACAGUAUCGACUUGUUGAGUUGAAAAAGAUGCUGUCUCAAUAUGGGAUGAGAAGCUUUCAUGUAUCAUAUGCGUCAUUAGCCAAGGUGUGUUGUGAAAGAUAUCACGUCUGACAUCAAAGAGUAUUAUUCAAGGAAAAGACGACUGAACUAGAGGUCUGUUAGCAAAGCUUCUCAACUGGGCUAUUCGAUUACACUGCAAAGGACGCUUGCGAUGAAAAACAUGUUUCACUCGGUUAUCUUUGCUAAGUUGUGCACGCUGUUGUAACAAGUAAAGUCCUUUCCUUUUGCUGCGCUGUAGUCCCAAUUUGUGCUAUAUGGUGGUGCUCAUACCUCGUCACUUGACUUCAUGAAGUUACUGAUUCAAUUCUAGGCUAUAGUGAGGUACAUUCUAACAAGAGAUCAACCCAAUGUCAUGGAAGAUGCAUUGAAGGUAUAUGAAUAGCUUUAGUUACGUUCAUUUAACAUAUUAGGUAUAUUUGUUGACUAGUUAUAUGUGUUCCUUUCUGUUGUAAAAUCGCAAUGGUCAUCUUGGCUUUGCCUUUUGAAGGUGAUGUAGACAACUGCCGUCUCUGAUCUCAAACUGGAUGUCUUAAAUUACAGGUUGUAACUUCUUAUAGUCAUGUUACUGAAGAAGAGGCUUAUGUCUUUCGGCUACAAAAAUUAUGCCUUGACAAUAAGGUAUGUAGUUUAAUACUUGUCUAAUACAGUCUGAGGCGUUCUUUUUGCUUUCAAAUUAUGUGGCACAUGUCGGAGCUAAACCCAAAUACAUGUAAAUGUACCUAUAAACUAGAGCAUUUCUUCUAACUAUCCUGAGUACGACUCUACACAACUGUGACCCCAUGCUACAUGCCACACCCCUUUAGCGGGGAGUUGGGCCGGGGCUUUUGCUUGAGGGUGCUUGCAUUCAGCAAUGCCUUUCGUUCUUGGUUUACACACAUUCGGUGUUACCAGCUGCGUUGUCAAGGUACAUGUAAAUUGACUACCAAGGGUUAUUUUAAUCCUUUCGGUUUUUACUUUUGUAAAUGAAAUAGUGUUGAACCUCUUUUACGUCACCUCGCGACAUCUGCUACAUUGCCUCUAUUUUUUUCAAACGCGACAGUGGAAAUUCACCUGAAGAAAAAGCAUUUGUGCUUUAUUUAGAUUCCAGAUUGCCUUGAAUUGCUACAAACAUUACCCCUGCAACAAGCAGAAUGUUAUGCUCAUGAGUUGGUUACAUGGCUUUGUGAUAUCCUAGAAGAAGAGGACAUGGACAAUGAGGUUUGAAUUGACGAAUUGUCCUUAUUCAUCUUCAAGAAAAUUGUAAUUGAUGCCGCGGAACUACAGUUCGUAACAAAAUAGUACGCACGGAUUAGGCAAGAUAUUACCUCGCGUUAUGUAGUUAAACUUUGUGAAGAUGUUGAUAGAACAUGUGAAAUAUGUAUUGACUUGUAAAUCCCACCGCGUUGUCUUUUAGGUAUACACCCUUUGUAGUUGAUUGGGUAAAGAGCUGGACCCCAUCUCAUUCCGAUCCUCUUCCUGACCAAAGUUUGUUAUUAGUUAAUUGCCAGCGAUAUAUCAGUGUCUGUGCGGACGGAGCAGAAGAAAAGAACGCUCUUGGCUUUUUAAAAAGACAUCGCAAAUGUCGUUUUAGACAGUUUCUCGACAAAUGCGUCAUCGAUUGAAAUUGUUUUGUUAAGAUAUACGAAAUCUAACCGCUCAGGGAGAGAGUUUCCAGUUCAAGUACCUUUAUUUGUUUUGCUCAUUUUCUGUUUUGUUAAAAAUUUACGUCAGAAAAAGCAGAUUGCAGGGACAAUCAGUCUUUGAAAGCUAUGAAGUUGAGGACCUUUUUUCAAACUUGUAGGUAUGUAAUUCAAGGAAGAUCGAAGCAGCACAAGCAGGAGUUGCGGUUUUGAAGUUCAUGAAAAAACAUGGUACAAUGCUUACCUUUUUUCCUUUAAUGCACUUUAGUAACAUCAACUCUCACAAAUGCCCCCGUUUUAUUUUCCAUCUUUUAUGCCUGAGAAUCAAAACGAACGAAUGUUGAAUCUAGCCUCAGUUCAUGGUUAAGCUGUAACUGCAAUUUGACCUAUUGUAAGAAUUUGUUGUAAACUGUAAGUCCCUGCCCCUUUCCUCGGUGAAUUUUGGUAGACGUUAGGGUAGCUGUUGCCAUAGGGGUAAGAAAGAACAGAAAAAAAACUAUAGCGGCCUUUGAGGACAUGGGGAUCAAAUGGUGACUGGAGGGGGGGGGGGGCCGUUAAAAUAUUGAGGCUCGUCUGUGGUCAUGCUCUUUUCUCUGUGUUGUUCAGAUCUUUUAUCGUUAAUGGAUGUGGACGAAACGCUUUCAUCUCUACAAAAGAUCUCUGCCCUUCAGGUAAGACAAUCUCUUGUAAACUCAACUGAACCUACCUCGGCGACUUUCUCAUCUUAUACUUUGCUGUUGGUUUCAGAGAGAGUUUUCUGUGUUUCUAUCCUUGGAUGAGUACCAGUUGCCUGAAGUGAGAGAAAAGUUAUUUGAACGUUAUCUUUACAGACAUUUAGGCUACAGUAAAAACAGGGAGGUCGAUAAUUUUGAAGAAAAGGUAAUCUACUCUAACUAUUUGAAAAAUCGUGAACGUAAGGUUUGAGUUUUGUGAGGAGUUGUAAACUAAAGAUGUUUUGUAAAGUAAACGGGCUUUCUAGGAGAUCGAAAUAAAGUUCUCGAUUUUCAUGUUGCUAUAAUAAUACAAUCCCAACGCCUAUGAUGGAAACGUAUUCGUAAUGCAGACGUGUUUUAUUUGGUAUUCGCAUUAAGGAGCUAUGAUUGAGAAUUAUGAAACUGACUUUAAAACAUUAGUUCUAAAAUCUGUCACUUUCAUCAAUGUAGGUAGUUACUAAGGCCUUUCGCCCUAAGUAGAGCAUGGGCCAUGAUGACUACAUCCCUUCAUAUGGUUCCGUCAGGGACUAUUAUCUUCAAUAUCAAAGUCACUAACAUAAAGCACUUAAAAAACGUCUACGUUGCAGCCUUUCCUGUUUUUGUAUGUUUUGCAGAAGGACUCGCAAAAGACUAUGAAUGCUGAAGAUGAUGUAAAUCUGACUAAAUUGUUUAGGUAAUGUCUUUAAAUGUUGCAUCGAGAAAUGAGCUUGGUAGAUUAUCUCUAAAUUUACAAAUAACAAUGAACAUUUUCAAAUUUUGGAUUCACCUUGAAAAUCAACCCCCUGACAGCAUCGCUAAACUCUGCUUAAACAUAUCGGAUAAAAUGGCCGAAGAAAAUAAAUCAGGUCUAAUAAAUAAAAUAAAUCUUUUGAGUACACAACUUAAUAUUCACAAACAGUCAGUUAACUUUAAAAACCCUUCUACUUUCCUAUCCAAAGCUGAGAAUACUUUGUCAAAACAUCUGAAAAACCACCAGUUAAAUUUGAUCAGAACAAAUAAAAAACUAAAAUUCUACUCCAUCUUUAAAAAUGAAACAAAUCACUCUGAAUUCAUCAAUCAUAUCCGGAAUCCUGAACAUAGGCGUGUAGCUUCCAAAUUUAGGAUAGGAAAUCAUAAUUUAAAAAUAGAAACUGGAAGAUUUACAAUCCCCAAAACUCCUGAAGACCUUAGAAUCUGUGAUCAUUGCAGCCAAAAUUCGGUUGAAAAUGAACUGCACAUAUUAUUUCACUGUGAUCAAUACAAUGAUUUGAGAAAGACUCUUUUUAUUAAAAUCAACGACCGAAAUACAUUAUUUACACACUACAAUAUCCAUGAUAAAGUCUGUUUUCUUUUUAACAAUACUGAUUCACAUAUCAGCAGGCUAGCUGCUAAUUUCAUCUUUCAAGCAUUUGAAAGACGAAAGAAACAUAGUUAAUUCUACUAUUCCAUCAUACCUGUAUUUCCUUAAACUUAGCUGUUUAUUAUUGUUAUUUUAAUCGGUAACACCUGUACAAAAUGGUAAUACUGAAUAAACUUGUUGUUGUUAAAUAAAUGAAAUGUUCAAGUGGAAAUAACCAAACUUUAAUAAUUAAUUGUUAAUAAAUAUUUCCUCAUUUUGUAGACUUGGCGAGCUUGUUGGUAAAACGAGGGAGGACGUGAGAUUGACCUUGAUGUUUAAAGCUCUUUCCAGAGGAGAAGUGUCCCAUGUUCUUGAUAUAUGCAGGUUGGUACAGUUAGUCAGUUCAAAUGCGUGUUAUUUUUAUUGUUUUUAAUAGACGUUAUUCACGAUAUCCGCCAUCUUGGGAUAAAAUCAAUGUCACUUUGUUUCUCAGCAAAAAAUUGCCAAUUGAAGAAAUCGCAGUUGAGUUUGUGUAUUCUAUAAAUAGACAACAGGAAAAGAAGACCUUUUCAUCUUAAAGACGAUAAUGUCAAAAAAUGGGUGGAAGUGAUCAUUGUUACUUUUUUGUAUGCAGUAGCGACGGUAGAUGUCCUCAUGGCAAACAGUAAUGACGCAACUCUUGCCAAAACUCGAUUUGUACAUUUUGCAUGACUGUGAAAUCGUCGUCUCGUUUUUAUAGAAUAAACACCAGGGGGUUCAUUAAGGUUUUGAACAGGAGGGAAACUGAGUUUGACACCCGGGCAAAGAAUUGGCAAGGCCCUCCGGGCCUUGCUCCCUGGGGGGGUCUGGGGGCAUGCUCCCCCGAAGAAUUUUGAAAUUCUAUAGUCGCAUGGAUGUGUUUUCCUGCAUUUUGAAGCUGCAGACAGUGACUUUCAACAACCAAAAUAAGAUAACUUUUCUAGACAAUUUAAUCAUGAUUUGAAUCACAAAAGUAUUAGUUUAACAACUUAUCUUUAAAAUUUCAAUGACUAGACGGGAGGAGCACUGUUUUAACGUGAACGCACCGAAAAUUAAUUCAUUGGCGUAAACCAUAAAACGAAAACAAAUGACGCUUCGCUUCGUUGAACAUGAUAAUUAAGCCAUUCAAUAUAUACAGGCAAGUAAAAGGUUAAAUCACAAAGAAGUCAAAUCACCUCUUGGCCUUUUCUCUACUGGAGGCCCUUUGGUUGAAGCCGAAAAAUCAUCCUCUAUCGAACGCGUUCUUUUCUGGGCGGCCAUGCUCACGUGCUCGCAACACUGAUACAUUUCAGGUGGUCGUUUAUGAAGCACAGUUCUUUUCACAAUGUGUUAUCAGGCGAUUCUUCUUUUUAACACAUAACGAACGAUUUCAUGCCGAUUUCAUGCCGCGUGUAAUAAAGUGGAAAUUGCACGGCAAAGUAUGUUUUACACUCGAUAAGACUCAUCAAGAAAAGGGCACGAUUGUAACUUAAAACUGUUUUUGAUCGUUCCUUGUAUUAAAAAGAAGUUCUUUGAGGUGUAAAGCAGCCGGGCAAAGUCGUGUUCACAGUCGGUCAAUUUGCCCGGUGCCCGGCCCUUAAUGAACCCCCUGUAAACAAACUCGGCCGCGAUUACUCGCAUUGGCAAAUUUACUUUUUUGCUCCGUGAAAUACCACGUGACAUAACGUUUAUCCCAUCAAUCCUAGAGCGCGUGCAAAGAUGGCGGGUAUUUUUAAAUUAUGGUGUUUCUGGCAGAAAAGCGGCUGUUAAGCACUUAAAUCCUAUUGAUGGCCCUUAAUGUGUCCAUUUCAACACGAGUUGACUUUUUCAUUUAUCAGAGAGCUCAUUGAGACAGCACCGUCUGACACAUCGGCCCUCACUUUGUAUAAAGUGGCUCUCACUGUUUGUGAGAGGCUAGCUGAUGGACAUUCCACUCUAACUGAUAACAACAACAAGGGCAUGAAUCACGUGACCCAAGCAAUUCAUCGCCUACUGUGCCAGGCUGCAACACACUGCUCAGAAGGUAAGGAGGCACAGGAUGUUGGAAUUUCUUUGCCCAGUCCCUGUACGACAACUUGCCAGGCCUUCUAAGUCAGCGCAAUUCAGUGACGUAUCCAAGGCGACAAAAACCCCUCGGACCACGUGACCCGAAACGCAUUGGCUGCGCGGAAUAAUGAGGCCUGGGGACUAGGCAAGAAAACCUCAGAAACCCUAAAGGACCAGUUGAAAAAAAUCUGUAAAUAUUAUUGUGAUAUUUUAGAAUCCUCAAGAGAGGUAAUAGAAAUCCACAAAGAAUUAAGGGAGGAUGAGAUAAACGUUGUUAACUAAGGACAAACCUGACAAAUCUAGGCUUGGAAAUUGUGACGUUAACUGUGAUUGAGCUAUGAGUUCUGAUAAGAGAAAGCGGGGGUGUGGAUGGAUUUCGGGUCGCACAGAAACUUAGAGCUUUUAACGACACGGCUUAGACCCAGAAUGCUUGAUAUGAGCUCCUUUUUAACAUAUCACUCUAAAUUAAAAGCCAACAGAAUCAAACUGUUCAUCUUUAACCAACAUUACAUUUGACUUGCUGCAUACAAAUCUACGAAUUUCGGUUCCUCAAUGGUUUCUUGUAAUACAAAACCAAUCACAAUCCAAGCUGUUUUGAAGGUGGAAUUGUGUAUUAGUAAAGCAGUAGGAAUGAGGUCUUUUAAAUGCACGACUAUAUGUUGAAUUUUGAGCGGUUCUGUGUUAUGUGAAUAUGCGCUUUGCAGUGAAUCACAACGUCUUUUUUCGGAUAUUCUAGAACUGCUGUGUGACUGCACUGAGUUAUGCAAAUGUUGUCGCCUGACAGACUGUGUGUAUUCACAGUGCGAGAGUGGAGACUAUGGAUUUUCAGUUCAGACGACUCCACAAAGGUUAGUGGUUUGUUCUCCUUAGCGCACACUUGCAAACUGAAGACAAAACCCUUUAAAUCUAGACAAAGAGCGAAACUACUGCAACGUUAAUACGUCAAACACUAUACCAUGUUUCGCUCCCGGGACUGUAUUAGUAGCACAGCUUUCUAAGUUCAAGUAUGCAAGGACGUCAAGCGGGGAACGUUUACCUUCUUCUUUUCUCUCCCUGAACUGCUGGGCCUUAAUUAAGCUUCAUUUCUUUAGGAAAGUUUUAACGCGGGCAGGUGGGGGGUUCCGAGGCCUGUUUGGCUGAACCGCCUACGUUCGCCCACAGUUCGCUAAGCGUCAACAUUUUCUCGGAAAUAUUAGGCAGAUUUGGCCAAGACAACACAACGUCAAAUUGGAACGCGUAAGCGUUUGGAAAAAGACUAAACCUACUUCCAGUGCUAAAUUUGCCGUUCUGCCAUUCCUCAACUCGUUGUCACGUUGCAGCACGUUGUCUUUGCUAAAUCUGCCUAUUAUACUGAUGACAUUACAAGUGGUUUCAGAGAUGUGGUUGACCACUCUACGAGUGCGGUUAUAACCGGUCGAGAUGUGUAUGGUUUAGAGAACAAAUAUCUUACACGAGUCUUCUAUUUUCAGCUCAAACCAGGAUGCAUUCAAUAACUGGAUGUUUGGAAAAAGGUUCAAGGAGGAUUGUUUGGUGUUGGACUCAUUUGUCGCUCUACCACUGGCUGCAAAGCUUAGCAUGGCUGCUCUUCCCGGUAAUGAAGUGAAGGUUCUUCUAUAUGUAAGGAAAAAAUGCUGAUGUGAUGUUCAUAAGUUUUUUCGUGAGACACAGAAUCUCGUCACAACUAAAUUGUUACCAUUUUCUUUCGUGUCUCAACUGAAGAAGACAUUGAGUAAAAAUGGGUCCCGUGAAAUUGGUCUUGUAACGUUCUUAUGAGUAGUAAGGUACUAAGUAGAGUUGAAAUUAACAAUCUUUUGAAGUUAGUGUUGGGAAGUUGUUCAUAGUUGGUGUUAAUGUGGGCGGAACACGUUAACCUAACGUAUGCUGUCUUGAUGUAGCGUAGCAUGUGAGGCAUGACGUCAGAGUGGCUGACGUCUUGAUACUAUUAAAAUGGACAAUUUCGUGUUAACUAUACCACUUUCAGGCGAUGACUAGACUGAUUUAACACGAACAAACAAACUAUUCUUGGUAAAAAAAAGCAGUCAAUUUAAUCACUUUGAAAACAGACACACAUACAUUCAAAAACCUGAAAGUUUACUCGAACUAUUGUGUUUUGGCUGUGCUGCUUUUUAAUAGACAUAUCCUGAAUUGAAAGUCAAAUAAUUAUUUAUGUUGUUGUUCAAAUUUUUGUUUUUUAAACUGGUACAAAUUUUUAAACACAGGUUAUUUAUCAUGAUUUGUGACAUUCACAGGAGAUCGCAGCCCUGCUGAACAAUGUCCAUACUAUCAAGCGAGAGUGGCAGGAAGAAAACAGUUUUGCCAAGGUAUCAUUGUUGAAACAAUUUUAAACAGAUCACAGAUAUAAGAGGCUAAAUUUUGGAAUUGGUGGGAAAAGAUGAACCCUGUUUUAACAGCAUCGCUUAGUGUGGGCACACGUUCAGGAAUGAUAAUCCACAAAGAAAAAAAUGGUUACUAUACAAUUUGAUUCUUAAUGUGUGUGUGUUUUUAUUUUUAUAGAAUCAAAAGCAGUAGAAAGUGGCGAAGGAGAGACUCAAAG